AUGUUUCGAGCGGCCGCGGCCGGGCCCUACGAUGAGGCCAUCAACAAGGCGACCGACGAAAACCUCACGUCGGAAGACUGGGGCGCCAUUAUGGAGAUUUGCGAUCGGGUCUCCGGUGACCAGAACGGGCCCAAGGAGUCGGUCCAGAGCCUGAUCAAGCGCCUGGCCCAUCGCAACGCCAAUGUCCAACUGUACACGCUUGAGGUCGCCAAUGCACUCUCACAAAAUUGCGGCAAGAACAUGCACCGCGAACUGUCGAGCCGCGCAUUCACCGAUGCCCUCCUCAAGCUCGCGAAUGAUCGCAACACCCACAACCAGGUCAAGGUCAAGAUCCUCGAGCGCAUGAAGGACUGGUCAGACAUGUUCAAGUCGGACCCGGACCUCGGCAUCAUGUACGACGCCUACUACCGCCUUAAGCAGAGCAACCCGACCCUCCAGCCUCCGAGCGCCCCGCAAAAGAACAGCCUCACCGACCUGGACCGCCAGAAGGAGGAAGAAGAGCUGCAGAUGGCGCUCAAAUUGAGUUUGCAAGAGGAGGAGCGGAAGAGAAAGCCCGUCGAGGCGGCGGCCGGGUCAUCCGGGGCAGGCACGUCGAUUGGCGCUGGAGCCGCGGGCCAGCAACAAGCUGCGCCAAUCCAGCCAGUGCCGUCCGGUACAACUGCCGCAACUGUGUCGCGCGUCAGAGCCUUGUACGACUUCGUCCCGACGGAGCCGGGUGAGUUGGAGUUCAAGAAGGGCGACGUCAUUGCAGUCCUGGAGAGUGUCUACAAGGAUUGGUGGCGUGGCUCGCUCAAGGGGAAAACGGGCAUCUUCCCGCUCAAUUACGUGGAGAAAUUGACAGACCCGACCCCUGAAGAGCUGCAGCGCGAAGCCCAGAUGGAGGCUGAGGUGUUUGCCGAGAUAAAGAACGUCGAGAAGCUGUUGACCUUGUUGAGUGCAAGCAACACGGCGCCGAGGGAGGAAGAUAACGAGGAGAUCUCGAAACUCUACCACCAGACCUUAGCGAUCCGACCGAAGCUUAUCAAGUUGAUUGAGAAGUACUCUCAAAAGAAAGACGACUUCACUCAGCUGAAUGAGAAGUUCAUCAAAGCCAGAAGAGACUACGAAGCUCUACUAGAGUCGUCCAUGUCACACCCGCCAGGACCAACUUAUCACCAAUACGCCAUGCGCCCACCGAUUCCCCAGAGCUACCCGCCCGCAAGCCAGGGUUACGGAGCCACGCCUCAACCGCAGGAUCCCCAGCGGUUCUACACCCCGGCGCCUGCUCUAGAACCGCCCCAGCAAUAUCCACCAUCCUCCCCCACCCCUAAUACCUUCCAGCGGCUUCCAGCCGGUGCCGUCCCUGCUCCGUUCUACGUAGCAGGUGCCGAGGUUCCGUCCCAACCGAACCAACCAUUAGCGCCAACGCCGCAGCCGCAGCCCCCGCAGUCGCAGUACGCCCAGCGUCCGCCGGAACAGCGGCUGCCCUCGAGCGGCAAGCAGCCGGCGCCACUGCAGACGUCCGCGUCGCCACCGCCUGCGAAUCAGUACGCCUCCUACCCGGCCCCACAGACCUCUGCGCGUCCCCAGAGCACCUAUGGCGGUCCCCAAGAACUCUCCACCUCAGUCUAUGACUCGCCCAUCGCCCCGCAAAACGCAAACCCGGCCGCGCCGUUCUCCUCCUCCGUCUACUCCACACCAGACGAAGACCCUUACGCCGCCGCCGCAGCCUCCAACGCGAACGCCCCAAGCGCCCCCACAGCCCCUCCUCCGUCAGUCUCAGCCCCGUCGGUGCCAAGUCCAGACCACGGGCGGUCCGCGUACGGCCAUGGCCCAACGCCCGGACCGGGUCAGUACGCCCCCUACCACGCCGCUCCCCAUCACCCCCCGCCUCAACAACAGCCCUCCACUCAAUCGGGCGGCGGCCCGUACAGUGGCGCGGGGUAUGAACCCGACAGUCCCCACGCGCCGCAGCAGGCAUCUUCUCGUCCUGCGGAGGGGAUGUCAUCGCCGCCUCCGUCAUUGCAGCCCGGCGGCGGUGGCGGUGGCGCGGCGUUUGAUGCUCGUCAGACGCUACCGAGUAGGGUCACUCAAGGGGGCGCGGGCGGACCGCAGUACAAGGCUUAUGUACCGCCGGGCCCGACCGGGUCUGCGCCGCCGGUUGGUGGUGGUGAGGGGGGUGUGGCCGGUGGUGGGGUGUCGAGUGCGCCGCCGGCUGCCGCCGCGGAGGGGUACUAUCGGACUGCUGCUUAUUAG